AUGUUCUGCUUACAAGAGAAAGAGUUACAUUCGGAUCCAUUUAAUGAAAAGGAUCCUUUGGAAAGUCACAACCUCACAGACUCAAGUGAUGAUGAACCAUCUGCCAAAAGACUUAAAUAUGACUCGGAACUUAACCUUAAAGUAUACCAGAUACCCACCUUUAAUACACCAAAAUCACUAUCAAUUUAUCCUAUACCAUCAAAUACUCUCUCUAAUUCACUACCUAAGUUUGUUAACAACCCAUUAAAUUUAGCAAAUCCAUUAGAUUUAGCUGCUAAUGUUAAUAAUGUAGUGAAGUCAUUGCAAAGUAGAUAUUCUUUGCCUUCAAAGUUGAUGAUAACUCCGGUGCCUAAGACUGAUGGAGAGGUAGUGAGAUAUAAAAAAAAUGGUGAAGUAGCAAAGAAGAGAGGACCACCUAAAGGAUAUAAACGGAAGCCAAAGGAACUAUCUCAGAGUUUUACUAAUGGCACUGUGUUACAGCAAACAAAAAACAAAAUACUGACAAGUCUUCUAGCGACAAACAACACAACAAUGACAACAGUUGAGCCAAUCCCAGAAGUUGUCCCACCAGUUAUAAGCGAACCCAUUAAUUUACCACCAGGUGUAGAGUUAGUAGAACUCUACUUGGAUCCGGAAGACUGGUUCCCAACUGAACCUUAUCGUAUGACAUUCAGUCGGAAAAAGAAUCCCAAGUGGAAGAACUUUCCUUACCGCUGUGAACAUUGUUUUAAGGGCUAUCGAGUGGCAUCGACUCUCGUCAGUCACGCGGCAGAACGACACGGCUCUGUGCCAAAAGACCUCGCCAUACCGUGCCCUUGUUGUCCUCAUGUGUCGCUGCGGCGGAAGCAGCACAAGAAACAUUUGGAAACACACGCCAGCAGGAAACAUAGGAUAUUCUGUCUCUAUUGUUUACCACCAAAUGAAACAUCCGAGCCCUUCGUUAAAGAGCCGGUGAAAUAUCCUUUCGAUAAAUUCCCACAGUACUGGUAUGCUUCUGAAGAAUCCUUAAGACUUCACAAGAAAAGAAAACAUCCCUACGCCGCCAUGUUUAAUUAUAACUGGUUCGGCACAUGGGCGGAUUAUCAACCGAACAGCUAA